UACCAUCGCCUAGUCCAGGGGUUAGCAGCCUAUGCUGUGAUCACGUGGCACAAGGUGAUCAGCAGACAGCAGGGUUUUUAUUUUGCUGGCUUAGACAGAUAGAAAACUGUUCUAUCUUUUUCUUUGUACCAUCAUAUAGCUAAGUGGGUGGUAGCUUGCCUCUGUAAGGGAUAGGAGCUCCUGGCUUCUGCUGAGUUCCUACUGGUUUGGGAAUAAAAAAACGUUCUCUGUGAGGUUGCUGACCCCUGGGUUAUGCUAUGCAUGAAUGCACUUAACAAAGGGAACAGUGGUGAGCCCCCACAAUGUCACAGUACAGAGUCAGAGGCAUCUGUCCCAAGUGUGACAUGUCAGUCACAGCCCUUUGGCCCCUUUCCACAGUGGCAGACUUGCAGUUCUGCCUGCCGGUAUGCUGGGGCUCUUGAAGAAGAGGCAGGCAUGCUGUAGCGGGAAUUGUUGCUUCCCUUUCUGCGUUCUUGAAACUACUGAAUCGUUUUGACUUAAGUGAAAGCACAAUUGCUUUGAAACAGAACAAAGUCACUGAGGGCAGUAAAAGAUGGCCAACUAGCAAGUCAGUUUUGAAAAGAACUCUCGUGUAAGGCAGGAGACAAUUUGAGGGAACCCCAGAGGUAUUGCUUUGAAAACUUGCUACUUUUGGGAGACUCACCCGUGCCUUUUGAGCACCUCAAUACUUUAGAGUGAAUGGUUCUGCAGUGUACUUAGGAGAAGACCUGGAGAGCUGAAAACACAUCUGAAAUACUUCAUAUGCUGUUAGCUAUUCCUGUUUCUAUUAAACUCAGCAAACUACUAAACUCUUUUUGUCCCCAGAUGGGAACAACAAUCUUGAGCAACUUGCUGCAUAUGGUUUCACCACAGAAUUGUUAUAAGGCCUGGUUUUGAAGGUGGACAGUUUUCCUCUGUAUCGAGCAGAGAAGAGCUCGGGUAGAAAUGUAUCCUGUGCAAAGAUUUCUCCCAAGGAUUGCCUGAAGAGUCUGCUGGGGCUUGAUUUUUCUCUCUUCCUAAGCACCUCUGGUUAUUGACAGUAUGAAAGCUGUGGGAGUUUUGAACUAGUCCCUAGUGUCAUACAAAUCUGAUGAGAGCUCUCCCCACUUCAGAGCUAAAUUUCUUCUUUGGAAACUGUAGGCCUGCUUUGUCUUAAGGUGAGAUGGGCAUGUGGAGGUAGGUUAUAUGGGGACAUUCUCACAUGGUGUUUAUGGGCACUGAACCUCUUUCUACUCUCCCUACUUGCUUGAGAGCAAGAACCAACAAGGCAGAAAGCAACCAUAAAGAAACUGAACCCAGAAUCCUCUCAAAAUAAGAGCUUAAAAUGGAAAGUCGGGGGCAGUGAAUCUCUGCGUUCAUACUGGAAGAUGUACUUGCCCAAAGUGCUGUUGCUGAUCUAUGUCGUAGACUCGGCCGAUCAUGCCCGACUGCCUGUGGCAAAACAGCUGCUUCAUCAACUGAUCCAGAACAACUCCACCCUGCCGGUGGUGGUUCUGGCCAACAAGCAGGACCUCGAAGGCGCAUAUUGCAUCACCGAUAUCCACGAUGCUCUGGCACUGUCUGAUAUUGGGGACGAGAGGAAGCUGUUCUUGAUUGGUACCCACGUGGCAGAGGAUGGCUCCGAGAUCUCCUCCAGCAUGAAGGAUGCCAAGGAGCUGAUAGCACAGCUGGUUUUGGAAACACAGUGACAGCUCUUUUCCUACAAUGUGGUAUCUGCAGCUGAGGGAGAUGUGUUGUUAGCGUAUGGUCAGUUUGCCACGUGACAACUGAAACGUGCAAAUACCUUUUCCUUGUGGGUGUGGAAUUCCUCUGAAAAUGAUGUCUAGUUGGUAAGAAAACCUAAUUUGUAGUGGUUUGAAAAUACAUUUGAAAAGUAGUCUAUUUUUUAGCGUAUUUGUAGGGGAAAGUUAGUCUCCUGGACAGCAGAGUUAAGGGGAUAUAUAGCUUAGGUGGGCUGAGAUGGCUUCUUGCCAGGUGGGAAUCGAGCAUUGACUUCAGUGGAGCAAAGUUGUAUCCAGUGAAUUUAACCUGGCUUGAUGUCUCAGGCUUAAAUUGAAAUAUGUUUACUUCACAGGUUUUACAGAACCCUGUUCACAGUGUUGUUCUGUUAAAAAUGAGACCUCACUUCUUGACAGUGUCAGAAAUUUAAAGUGCUGCGGCUGGUAUUUUCGGCCGUGACAAUUUUUGUUGUUGCCGUAUUGGAGCUGGCUUUUAAGGGAGCGGCAAAUUAGUGAUCUCUGGAAGUUGGGUUGGUUACUGCUUCUUUAGUGGGUAAGAACAAGAAAAUGAAAGCAGGAAGACAUUAGGUGUUUCUUUGCCUCCAGGGAAAAAACAAAGCAGUGUAAUUUAAGGUAGUGACUGGAAGCAUUUAAGUUGAAUUGGCACCAAAGGUGGGAGACUCCUCCAUCGGGCUGAGCGGCUUGUUCUGGUUUAGUCCAGGCUGUCCUCGAGCAAGCAGUCGUACGCGUGAAAAAGCUGUUGUUUUUGGGAAGCGAUGUCUGUUAGCGCGGCAGGCGAGGAUGCUGAGUUGCUGACGGGUGCCGCUCUCCCAGCGUCCUCGUAGUUCCACUCCAAGAACGUGUGAUCCCGGAGCCGUUCCCUCAAGGACCUGUUUUGCAACCGCAUGUACUGUACCGAGGGUUUUAUAGUUUCGUCCUUCGGGUGCAUAAAGCAGAAAAUUUGUACCCUAA